AUGUCCUGUCGUCAUGUUCCUACCAAACGCCUUCAUUCCGGCGUGCUAUUCUCAGUCCCGGACGCGCCGCAGCGUUUCCCUCCUGAUGAAUUCAGUUUAAGUCCCAAAGAGCAAAAGCCCGAUAAUAUUCGAAGGAGGACUCCCGAUACCAGAGAUGUGGACGCUGUCAAUGACAUUUCCCCUCCCAGCUGUCCUAUACCGGAACACCAAGAGUCUACGGAUAUUGCAAUGUUCUCCACCUUCAUAGGCGAUUCAGGCUACAGAACAUCUUCCAAUUAUGGACAUAGGGCGGACUUUGUGUCCCCAAAACAGGUCAAAGCGACUGUCUGUCUCCCUAUACUCAGGGUUGUCUCAACUACCAUGAUUGAGGGAACACUGGCCCACACAACACUCAUACAGAGCUUCCACAACCCUUCGCAAGCUACAAUCGAGGAGGCACGACACACAUUCCCGUUGUACGAUGGCGCCGUUGUUACAGACUUUGAGUGUACAAUUGGCGACGAGCGCCGUCUCCGAGGAGUCGUCAAGUCAAAGGAACAAGCCCGCCAAGAGUACAAGAAAGCAGUACAGGAACAGGUCAAGGUAGCUGCACUUCUCGAAGAACAAACACCGGAAAUAUUUGAAACUUCUCUUGGCAACAUCCCUCCUCAAACAACAGUCGAGAUUAAAAUCCUUUAUGUUCAAGAGCUCAAGGUAGUCAUGAUGAAAGGCGAAUCGACUGAAGGAGUGGUAUUUGUUGUUCCAACAUCUAUCGCACCACGCUAUGGCAAGUCCCAGUCAGCAUCAGAAGUUGUCUGCGAGGGGCUGGAUAUCAAGAUUAAGGUUUUUAACGAUGGGAAAAUCAACCCUGAUGGUUGCCAGGAAGAAUCAGGUCAUUUGGUGUUCUAUGAUGGGCCGCAGGUGAUGGAAGCUCCGCAAAGUGGCAAUGGAGAGCAGCCCCUCAGGGAAUAUUAUUCCUGGGAACACCAUUCCGAGCAAGCCAAAAUGAACAAAGACUUUGUCUUUGUCAUUCAAAUGCAAAAGGGUCAUGAAAUGCAGUCUCAAGCUAUUUUGUGUCCGCCUGAUGAUGCGGGCAUGGCUGCCAUGAUGGUGAGCAUUAGGCCAAAUGAUUUAUUCCGGAAUGCUAUUAUUCCCCAGUCAUUCUCGGGAGAAAUUCUAUUUCUGCUUGAUCAGUCAAGGUCGAUGCAAGGACGUACACGCGGCUUUAACGGGUUGAGGAAGAUCGAUGUGCUACGGGAAGCAAUGUUGUUAGUCAUCUCAGGUCUUCCCAAGACGUGUUCUUUCAACAUCAUCUCUUGGGGCUCAGAAACAAGGGCAAUAUGGGAACAGUCCAGGAAACACUCACCUGGUAGUAUCAACGAAGCUAGAGAUUAUAUCUCUCAAAUCGAUGCAGACUUGGGCGGUACAGACCUUCUCCGGGCGUUCAAAUCUACAGUUCAACGCCGGCGAGACGAAAGCAACUCAACACAGAUCGUCGUUCUUACAGAUGGACAAUUGAAUGCGGAUAAACCCAUGGAAUUUGUCUGGAAGACACGCCAAGAACUACAGAACAAAAUCCGGUUCUUUGCGCUAGGCAUUGGUCGCAAUGUACCUCAUCGUCUGAUCGAGGGUAUAGCAGAAUUGGGAGGUGGUUUGGGCGAAAUUGUUGAUACUACCCAAAACUCAAGAUGGCACAGCCGGUUGAACCGACUUCUCAAGUCUGCAUUAGAGCCGGACAGCUGGGAUUGCGAUAUUGAUAUCGGUCAUGGUUUUGAACAAAAUAGCCUGAUGGACGUUGGGUUCGACAGUGAUAUCCCGGAUAUACAACGAGUUCCAUACUUCCAGGCUCCUCACACCAUCGUCACCCUUCACCCAUUUAAGUUCACCUCAGUUUUCUUCCUGAUAAACGUCAAGGAUCGUGGCAUUCUGCCCAAGGAGAUCACAAUUGUCACCACAACGGAAGGAACGAAGAAGAAGACAUAUAAGCUCCCAGUUAGAGAAGUACCGGCUGGAAAUAAAGUAAUGCAUCGACUGGCAGCCAAGGCUGUGCUGAUGGAUCUGGAAGAUGCAGUCAAGCGAGAGUCCUCUAGCUCAGCCCUCGUUGACCAAAAUGGCCAAACUAUCGGUACGAGGUACUCUGUCACCAGCAAGUGGACGAGUUUUGUGGCUGUUGCGCAGGACAAGCAAGCAACUACUACACAGAGUAGUAUAGUGGAGCACUACAAAGCUAUGUAUGACGGAGUCGACUUCAACGAACUUCUUAUCGCUAUAAAGCUAGACAGCGGUAAUGGUUCUGUUGCAGACGAUGAUUCUGAUAGCGCCCAGCAUACGAAACGUGGCUCUGUUUCAGGCUCGUCGAUUCCUGAGGCCCCGGAGGCCCCCGUGUUUGCAUCUAUGCACAGUCCCCUACCUUCAUUAGCACGCUGUUCAUCAACAUCAGCACGCUAUCCAGUAGCAGCACCUUGUCUACCAGUACCAGCAUACUCUCAAACAGUAUUAGCACACUAUUCACCAGUAUCAGUACGCCCGGAUUCUGCCUACAGAAGAAAAGGUAGUAAAAACAUUGUUGCGUCGCCAUCUCCAAAACCCAUUGAUCCUCUCAACUGGGAAGUUGCCGUUGAGCACCAGAAUGGACAAGGCCUAUUCGAGCUACCUGAGUCGACGAAAGGGUUGCUACAUCUUCACUUCUGUGCUGGCACGGCACUCGUCGCUGUCGAAAAGCUUAGAAAAAUUUUGCACAGUCAAGGAAAAGAGCAAGAGGUGUCUAAUGCAGUGCUUGUAGACACGAUCAUGAUCAUCCUGUGCUAUCAGACACAUCUAGCUCUCGAUGAAGAUAUCUGGGAUCUCAUGAUGGAAAGGGCACGAGAUGCCAUUACAGAAAUUAUAGGGCUGGAGAUUCUGGAGGCUUUGGAGGAGGUCCUCACUGCAGCUAUGACGCACAAGCACUACACGGCUGUGACGGGAGUAGAUGGUAAUGAAGUUGGAGGAUCUGCCGAUGGGGAAAUAUGCCCCGUCUGUGAUAUCCGGUGGCAAAGUCUACGAACAUUCUUUUGUCCUUUUGACCAUGAUCCUGAUACGAUUCAUGUCUUCAAGGAGUGGGCAGAGCUUUGGGAGCAUCAGAAGCAGACUGGACAUAUGGUUUGUCCCAGGGAUCCUGAUGCGAAUUGUGAAGGCAAGCCUACAGUUCAAUAA